AUGGCGUUCGGUGAUGAUGGUUCCGAUAGUGCAGGAGGUGUGAGCUCGGAGAUGAAGUCGGCAACGGCUUGGCUUUUUUCCGCAGGCCUCGGCUUGAACUGUAUGUCAAACUCUCCCAACUCGAUUGCCCAUUUGACCAAUCGGCCCGACAACAGUGAUCUCGUGCGCCUGGAAGUAUGGGCGAGGUCUUCGCGCCGAGAUGACCAAGGCCAGUGCUAG